GGCGCCCGUGUUUUUCACUGCAUAUAUAACACGCUCAAUCCACGCGCCGGCCUUUUCAGCUGAGUCCACGAUCAGAUCACGGCCAGCGCUGCUCCCUGACACCCCCAAAUACAAUCCAACAAAAUGAUCAUCUAUAAGGACAUCAUCACCGGGGAUGAGAUGUUCUCCGACAUCUACAAAAUCAAAGAGUCUGAGAAUGGAAUGAUGAUUGAAGUUGAGGGAAAGAUGAUCAGCAGGUCGGAGGGAGACAUAGAUGAUUCACUGAUUGGUGGCAAUGCGUCAGCCGAAGUUCAGGAUGAAGGCUGUGAUUCUACCACUGUCAGCGGUGUAGAUAUCGUCCUCAACCACAAACUUCAGGAGACCUCCUAUGACAAGAAGUCUUACACAGCCUACAUCAAGGACUACAUGAAGGCAGUGAAAGCCAAGCUACAGGAAGUUUCACCUGACAGGGUAGACCCCUUCAUGGCUAACGCACCAGCUGAGGUCAAGAAAAUUUUAGGCAACAUCAAAAACUAUCAGUUUUUCACUGGCGAAUCCAUGAACCCAGAUGGCACAAUUGGUCUCCUUGACUUCCGUGAGGAUGGCGUCACCCCAUUCAUGCUUUUCUUCAAGGAUGGCUUAGAGAUUGAGAAAUGUUAAACUUCCCAAGUGUCUACAAGUUACUCCUCCAACUCUGGCCUCUGUUUGGUGGAUCGGGCCCCUGGAUUAAACCAAUCAUUCCUCCUCAUCCUCUCCAUCAGGACCAGAGGCUCUUUUAACUUCACAAGGCCACUGUUUUUAUUUCUUGAUUGGCUUAUGUCUACUACGAGAAGAUGUGAACUCUCCUUUCAUGAAAUUAAAAACAGGACUUUUAGCAAGCCAAGCCGCAAUGUUAAAAGGUUGUGGUAAAAGAAUCAGAGUAACUUUGGAGUUUUCUUUUAUUUCUUCGUCAUUGAGGUGAAGUUGACUGCAGGCUUCUCAUUUGCUGUGCAUGUCGGCUACUGUUUCAGCAUAUGUACAGUUGUAAUUUUCCCCGUUACAUAUUGAAUCACAGGAUUGUAUAGGAUUUCUUGGCACCAGUAUUUGAAUAAAGUCAAGCUGCUGGCUAACUGAA